CCACAGGUUGGGUUUGAGAGCCGUGUGAUGGGUGACUAUCUAGCACGGUUCAGAGAGCACGUGUAUGUAGUCUGCGCUGGUGAAUGGAAGCCCCCGCCGCAAAAAAGAAGCGGCUUUUCCCACGGCUCUGUCACCAUUGACUCUAUUUAUUAUUAUGGUAAAUCAUUGUAUCAAGAUGUCAAUCUUAGAUCUUAUUUCAGUUCGAUACGUCCACCUACGAGACUCACCUUUGGCUUUCGUCUCGGUAGGUGUAUUAUUCUACAUUUUCCCAAAAGGACAUUCAUUCAUUUCUUUCUUCCCCGUCGACCACUACGACUAAAACGACGCGACAAAUCAAGACCCGGAAAGGAUAAGGGCCGGUGGUGGGCAUUUGGGAAAGUCGGGCCGAUCGGGUGUCUUCAUUCAAGCGAGGGUACAGAGGAAGAACGAAACGAAGUGAGAGGCCGGGGGGCAGGGAAAAGAGUCGAGUCGAUCGACCGGGAGAAGCAAAACGAAAUCAGGAUUUGGCCGAAAAAGAUGCAACGUUAUGGAUACCAUGACCGAUCACCAUCGAGAAAGAAGAAUUUUUCUAAAUCACUUCGGGUGAGCGGGGCCUUCAAGCAUCCGAAAUACGCCGGGGUUGUAAAUGACAUAGCCUUCCUGAUAGAAAAUGACGACUCCUUCAUAAAAACAAAGUUAUUCAAGUUCUUUUUUUUACCAAAGAAGUCCCGCUCUGACGGCCCGACGAGUCAUCUACUAAAAAGGACCCUCCCCGCUGUGCGCCCCUCCUUGAAUUAUUCGGUCAUGCAAUACUUUUUUAAUACAAAGAACAAAAUGCAUUUCGACCCCGUCGUAGUUCUCAAUCAUUUCGUGGCACCGGGUGUGGCUGAACCAUCUACGAUGGGGGGAGCGAAGGGAGGAAGCUUAGAUAAGAGAAUACGCUCUCGCAUCGCUUUUUUUGUAGAAAGCUCGACCAGCGAUAAAAAGUGUUUGGCCCGAGCCAAAAAGAGGUUGAUCCACUUCAUUCGCCAAGCGAAUGAUCUUCGCUUCGCGGGAACAACAAAAACCACCAUCUCGCUCUUUCCUUUCUUCGGUGCUACCUUUUUUUUUUCAAGGGAUGGGGUUGGGGUGUAUAAUAACCCAUUUUAUGAGUAUGCCCGGGAACAACUCCUAGGUCAAUUAAGGAUCAAAUGUAGGAACCUCAUGGGUAAGGAUAAGGUAAUGGAAUUGAUAGAGAAAUUCAUAGACCUAGGUAGGAUAGGCAAAUUGAUAAAGGGAAUAGAGAUGAUGAUAGAGAUCAUACUGAGAAAGAGGAGAAUUCCGUACGGGUACAACUCUUAUUUGAACGAAGUGCAAAAAAUGCGAUCUUUUUUGUCUAAUAGAACAAACACUAAUACCUUAAUUGAGUCGGUAAAGAUCAAAUCAGUUUAUCAAAGUGCUUCUCUGAUUGCUCAAGACAUCUCUUUUCAACUGAGGAACAAUCCAAUCUCAUUUCGUUCCAUUUUUAGUAAAAUAGUUAAGGAUAUUCCAUUAAUAAUGCCAAAAGGGGUGGAGGGGAUACGUAUUUGUUGUUCUGGUCGAUUAGGGGGUGCGGAAAUAGCUAGAACUGAAUGCGGAAAGUAUGGAAAAACAUCUUGUAAUGUAUUUAACCAGAAAAUCGAUUAUGCUCCUGCGGAAGUAUCUACUCGUGACGGAAUUUCAGGUGUCAAAGUGCGGAUCUCAUAUAGUCAAAAUAAGAAGGGACGUGCUAUAUCCGAAACGUACGAAAUAUAGUAAAUAUAGUAAAUGCAGAUGUAGUAGGGGUCGCGAACCGGAUGGUACACAACUUGGUUUUGGAAGAUAUGGCACCAAAAGUAGUAGAGCUGGUCGUCUUUCAUAUCGAGCCAUUGAAGCAGCGCGUCGGGCUACAAUCGGACAAUUCCGUCGUGCUAUGAGCGGACAAUUCCGAAGAAAUUGUAAGAUAUGGGUAAGAGUUCUCGCAGAUCUUCCUAUUACGGGGAAACCCGCAGAAGUUCGAAUGGGAAGAGGAAAAGGAAAUCCUACGGGUUGGAUUGCUCGUGUGUCCACGGGACAAAUCCCAUUUGAAAUGGAUGGUGUGAGUUUGUCAAAUGCUCGACAAGCCGCUAGAUUAGCGGCGCAUAAACCAUGUUCGUCAACCAAGUUUGUUCAGUGGUCGUAACGUAAUUGGUUAGUGGGGAAAAACCGGGCCGGGACUCAAAAUAAUUUUACGAAGUGUUUGUUCCGGAAGUGGAAAGACAAAGAGGGAUAGGGAGCUCGCCUCCUUCUUUUUUGUAAUCGCCGAAAUGGAAAUUGUACGACGACCCUUCUUGUUCCAGGCAUACGACCCUGAGACGUGACGGUGUCACUUUUCCGGCCCGGUAAAGUGACAGUUAUAUAAAAAAGAAUAAGAAAGAGAAGCGUGAUGUUGUCAGCAAUCAAAUUAUCGUAAAUAGAUAGUAUAGUACGGUUGCGUUGUUUCAAUUUCUGUUCGUCGGUCCUUGGGUUACGAAGAAGAAGAUGCACAAAGACUCCCAUGUCUUUCUUUUGGUUGGAAAACCCAACCUGCGAUUUCAGAUAAGUCUUUCUGCUUAGAGCAAAGCAAGAAGCGGAGCUACAAUCAUGCUUUCUUAAGUAUGGAGAACAAUAUUUUACUUAGUUCAUUUGAAACGUCAGUACUACUCUGUGCUAUUUGUACUAUUAUUUUAGUAGGCACGGCCACGUGCAGAAGAUUAAGGGGGAACAGACCUCACUUGGUAAACGACCGAGGGAAGAUGAAAUUCUUGACUUACCCCAAAAGCGAAUUUGGAAACGGGGGAGUCAUCAUCCUCCGGUCAACCCGGAAGCCCCACAAAUCGAGGGGGUCCCGGAAGCCCCUCAACUAGAGGCGGGGACUCCAGUGGCUUCCCCCGUCCAAGUAGAAGAAGUGAAGCAAGAAGGACACCAGAAAUGCAGGGACAUAAUUGGAAUUCAAGAUGAAUCACGGUAAACACUUGUAGAUCUUUCAGCUACACCAUAUGACCUAAAGUGAGAAUAACUAUUCGUUCUGGUAUCACCCCUCUAAGCACCUCUUAAUGAUCCUAAUUACCUAAAAAGAGAAAAGACUGGGACCGUCUCAACUGUAGCAGGGGUAAUGUGCCCAAGAGCUCCUAUCCUAGGCUUUCCCAGGCACCUAACCUAGCCUUGACAUAGCAUUCCUGUCUACACCUCUAGGCUACGAGCAAAUAGUAUUUCUAAUACAUAAAUUAGAGUGCUUUGUUGGCUGAAAGACUAUGGAAUUAGAGAAAGAAACAGUCUCCCACUGGCAAUUCUUCACAAGUUCGAAACUUAACACGAACCCUUGAUCGCUGUAGCUGAAGUGGUAAAACAAGAAAAAUUGGUUCUUUUAGCCUUUCCUUCCCUAUUUGACUUUCCUUAUUCUAAAUGGGAAUCUUUCUUUGAAGAAAUAAGAAAGGACUACUUGGAAAGUGACACAGACACUGGUACAUCAGGAAAACCUUUAGAACUCACCGUUCAACUUGAUCUUCGCAGGAAAAAGCUUCUUCUCUAUUAGGACCUAAUAGCAAUAAAUAGACCAGCCAGGCGAGUGAGAAAGGAGGAAACAUUACUCUCUUUCUGCAAAGUCCGAGUCCCAUUUGAUGAGCCAAAAGAACCAUCUCUAUCUCUUCUUAUAUUCCAGAGAUUACUCGCUCACCUACAAUGCUUUGGGCCCAGUCUUCUCUAUGCAUGGAUGGCUUUGAAAGAAAGAUAACUAGAAUCAAUCUCUUCUCCUAGGAAAAGAAUCGGAUUUCUUCGAAGAGCUGCGAACUUGACCAGAAGAAAGGUCAGUGUAGAGAAGCUCGGUCAGUGAUAGUCUUCCCCCGACCGUAUUCUGACUAGAAAAUCUGGCUUCUAUUACAAUUACAAGUUCCGUUCCUAAUGAAACUACUCAAAUAAAAAAGUACGUGUACAAUACAGAAUUGUUAUAUGGGAAGUUUACUAUUGGAUAUAACAUGAGAAGAGCAAGCGGAGAACCUGUGCCCUUUAUCAUAGGUCAUGCUAUUUCUCUUUGGAAGAUUCAAGUGGGAAUGCUGCGCCCAACAUGGAUGUCUAUGCUAUUAUUGAGAAAAAAUGAAUCAAAAAAGCAGCAGAAUACGAGAAGGAUUUAUUUUCUGAAAGGGUGUAUACAUUAGAGUGUACCUGCUUGGUAGGCAUGAAAUCACUGACAAAGAGUUGCCUAGCUCCGAUGAAAUUGCAAGCAUAAUUUGGAAUUUAAUAGAAGCGGGCAUAGCUAGGGGUGAACCACGAGAAGUUAGAGCAAGAGCUCCGGGUAGGUAUCGUAAACAUCCUGAGUGUAUCACGGCAUUGAAGCAGAAGAAACAGAAAUGUUUUCCUUUCAUUGUAGCCGAUAUAGAGACUGUUAUACUAAAUAAUGUGCUUGUACCUUAUGCUGCGGGGCUCUUAGUGGUGAAUCCGGGGGAUGAUGUGGCUGCCAUGGAUGAUCAAAUAGACACAUAUUUUUUUGAAGAUUACAAUUUGAUAAUACCUUCCCUUGAAGAAAGGAGUACUAAAAUGUUGGUAGAUUUUAUAGAGCGUAUAGCCAAACUGGGAUCUACUCACAAGGGCGUGAAAACAGUUUACUUUUCGAAUCUAAUUUCUCGAUCCGAUCGACUUAAUGAAGUUUUUAGCCAGUCAUAUGGUCGAGUACACCAUCAAACCGCUGAUGAGGAACAAGAAGCUUUACCAGUUAUCAAUUUAUAGGAAAAAAAGGGGGAAUAAGAAAUUGGUGUUCCAUCUACGAGAUUCAUACACUCAACUCCCUAAUAGUCUAGAAACAUUGGCUAAGACUUUAUGUCCGCACUUAGGUUCAAAAGGCUCAAUAGCACAUGACGAAGUUCAAGUGUCUUCUCUUCAGGAGAAUAGAGCCCAAUUGUUGGAUUAUAUGGAGCUGGAUAUCAGUCUUUUAGGUGAUGUGAUGCUUCGGGCUAAAUCAAUUUAUUGGACUAGAUACAAUGUGGAUAUCGGGGUAUGUUUGACAUUGUCAUCGCUAGCUAAAAAAAUAUAUCGAAUGAAGUAUUUGCAAAAUAUGAAUGAAAAUGAGAUUCACGAAGGGAUUUGUGGCAGCCAUCAAGGAGCCAGAACCUUAGCUAAGCGAGUCCUACGAGAUGGGUUUUAUUGGCUGGCCUACUUUGCGAGCAGAAGCGUAAUAUUUAGUGAGUCUCAGUUUGAAAAGUGCCAGUACCACAGUCGUAUGACUCACAGACCUCCGACAACCUUGACGAGUAUAGUGACCUGACCCCAUGGCCGUUGCUUUUGAACCUGGGGAGUUUGCUUUUGUACUUAAGCAAGGGAAUUUGAUGAAAGUGAUUGAGCUGACCUACUAUCUAUAGUAAGACAUGCCCUUUCCACAGGAGUGGAGGAGCUCCCACGUGAUGGUGUAGUGUGAGGCUGUUUGGAGACCCCUCUGGAACUUGACCCUAGCUCCAUUUCUUUUCCUCUUAAUAGCAAGAUUUUCUUUGUCGUAAGACGGUCGAUAUGGGUCUUUCCAUUGCAUCCACACCUCACUGGCAUAAGCUUAUUAAAUGGUUAAGGGUGAAGAUCGGGCAUGGCAAGGACUGGGCCGUAUACAUAGGUUCUUUGAGCUGCUGUAAAGCUUCUUACGAGUUCUUUUGAAACAGUUCGGUAAGCGGGCUUGCUGAUCUACCCAUACCCAGGCGCUUCUGAACCGAUAAUAUCUUAGCCUGAACUCCUUCAUUUAGUAGCCGAACAUUUCACAUUGCCUAUAUCUUCUGCCGGGUCUGGACACCCUCUGAGGCGCGAAGCGGUGAGCUCAGCUCUGAGACUUGCGCCUUUCUAGCUAAUAAAACCUCUUCGACCAAUCCCCACAUUAGAACUCCGCGUUGUGGAACUACGACAUAUGUCCCUCCCGCGUAUUCCCUAAUAGUGCUUCUCGGAAGGCCGUCUUAACUCGGAUUGUCCGUCCUUUGAGAGUAUUCCCAAUUAGGUUAGGGAUUUUUAUUGGUUGGUGAGGUAUUUUUAUCAUUCCCUUCGUAUUGCAGGAAGUAUGCUAUUACCAAUGUGUUGCUUGUACUGGAGAAAAAACCCUCAGAUCAGUUGGAUUUUUUAGAGUCACGCGUUAGGGUAGGAGUCUUUGAUCAUCUCUGAAUCAAGUAUAUAUUUUGGAAUGAAAAGAGGAUUUUCCUAGUAGAAAUCCCUUAUAUAGAGUAAGUAUAAUAUAUUAGUAGAUCGCCAUUCUUUCUAUCUAUAUCAUUUGGAGAAACUCAAGACUUUGUGAACUGGAUGACUACAGCCCCGGGGUUCCCUCACUCAAAACUCUACCAAGUGAGCUGAAUUGAGAUACUCUAUAUAGAUUUCGAAUGAGCUAAUCCGUAUAGUGAACUCAACGCCUAGUUCACUUCACUCUUUCGCUUACCAGAUGUGAACCAAGCUUCUUUUCUUUCUCCCAUAGUUCUACUAUCAGUGUUUUGCUUUGUUCUUCAAUCCAUUGAUUUCUUCUAGUUAUUAGUACAAGUAGGGCGUCUUACUUUGCUUUUCUUUCCAAGCAAGCGGACCACCUAUUCAAAGAGAUCUGACUUCUCCUACUACUACUUCUUCCUAGGUAAGCAAUUCCACUACUUCUCAAAAGCCUGACGCUCCGCGCCUCGUGCCUUUCUUCAAUCAACUCGUAGGCUCCUCGCUUGACUAUAUUUUAUUAGUGCAUAUAUUUCUAUUUUCGUAGUGAUUCAUUGCGACUCGUCCCGUUUCAUUAAGGUCAUUGGAAGGCUGCCGGAGUAGCAAACUUCUCUCAAACCAGCCCCCAGCCAGAAUUUUGAUUUACCUUAUCGCUAGUGCAAACCCAAAAUACAAUACGAUCUCAUGUACUCUUAGAAAAAUUAUAUGGUUGCAAAUAGACAACAGCUAGACUAGUGGUAGUAGUAGCAAAAGUAAUGGGUUGCUUUGAAUGAAGAAAAUAAUACGAAGCUAGGCCUCGGGAGAUGGGAGUUAUUAAGAAGAGAACGGAUGACACAAUCACCACCACUGGCUUUACCCAAAUCCCCCCCUUUGCCCUCGAGAACCACUACAAGAAUACCGCAUCUUAUGAAAAAAAAAAGAAGAUAAUUACCCACACCCCAAUCAUGAUUGAAUCGUUUCAUCAUAUCAUGAAAACAAGAAUUAAUGAUUCUCCUUCUAGGCUGAUCCCUACAAUGGCUUACCAUUACUGUGUCUUCUUUCUCUCUCUAUGGAGCACUGUUACUCUAUUAUCUUCAGAAAGGAUAGUAGAUGGAACAAGAGACUCUCGAAGAAUUUGCUAUCGAGCUCUAAGUUGAACGAUAAGUAACGAUGGGUAAAGCAAGGUAUGCAUGGGCUAGACUAAGAGAUGUAAAAGGAUUACGAGGGUUUGCUUGAGAAGGUUCUAAUAGGGGAUCGGGAUUCAGGCCCAGAAAACAAACCACUGACCGACCAGACCAAUUCAAGAAAAGAAGGACUCUUGAAUUCAAAGCAGGAUGUGGAAGCUGAAGGAAGGCCCAAUUCAUCACAGAGCAAGCUUCACCUUCUGUUUUUUCUUCAACCGAAGCACUCUGGCAUAAACGUUUGUUUAGGCCAUCCCUCCAACAAAGUCAUCAGUCAUCUGUUCUAUGAGAGGAGAAUCCCAGUCAAGCCAGAUGAUCAGCAAAGUUGUUCAGCUUGCUGUCAGGCCAAGGCACACCGGAUCCAGAGACCUAAUCUACGAUAGAAUCACUCUAGGGUUUGAUCCUCAUAAAUACACAUCGAUUCACUCAUAUCACUAUGAACGCGCGCAUAGGAAAAGGGAGAGGACAGAGCUCUCCAUUCCUUCUUUGAGAGAAGAGAUUGUUGAGAAAUCCACUGUGAGAAGGCAGGGACAGGCUAACUGGUUGGUCAAGGGCUACGACUCAGCUUAAGAAAGCAGCACACUGGACCUACAUGCGGGCCAUCUGAGAAAGAAGAAGACGCAUCUGAAAAUACGAAAUACCAAAAAGAAAGUAACUAAGAAAAGCAGUCCGCACUCCCAUCCCAGAAGCAAGUCCGAUCGGAAUUCCUACUCCUGCGUAUUGCCUCUCGCAAAGUACGAGUUUAGUCCAAGAGAUGAGGGUUCUUCCUUUCUGCCACUCCGUCCAAACCACUCACACGCUUCUUCGCUGUACUCUCUAUACUCCUGCCCCUGGUCUUUAUGCAUUAGUUUCUUCGAACCUUCUCUUUAUUCUGGGUGAAGUAGCUCUCUGGAGUACUAAUAAGGGGCUGGCUUUCCUAAGAGUUAUUUAUAAGUCAAAGUUUAAAUUAUAAGGUAAAGUAAAAGUUGUAGUCACUCUUGUGCUUGCAGACUCUUGACAAAGGUUUCUUUCCAUUGACUAGUGAGAUGACAGGGCGGGAAAUCCAGGUAGGUGAAUCACUGAAAGGAAGAUUUCUAUCACUACAAUGAAAUUUGUAAGCCCAUCUUAUUAGCUUAUGUCAUUCUUCCAAGUAAUAAGCCAGCUUUUAACGCCUAAAGUAUACCUUGAGUCUUUUUACCUAUGGGCAAGCAAGCCCUUUUUCCAUACAAAACUCAUGUUCCGUAGGACAGAAAGAAACUGACGGGAAAUACAGCACGGAUUAUAGGGAGUUAUACUGCUAUUUCUAUUCAGCCGUAGACCUUAAAUCUGAAUUGGAACCCUUAAGAGCCCCUUUUUUCAGUCUCAACUCACCCACAUCGCCAAUGGAGGAGAAGUGCUUGUGGGUGGCCAAUCCCUGGCAUGCAUUUCCACGAAAUGGAAUAGAAUGCUUAAUAGGCAGGCCCCUCCUUUCAUGUUAACAUACGUCUAAGAUUUUAAGUUCGAAUCGUUGGUGCAUAGAUUUGUAUCGCAUUUGCUAGUUAGUCUUAUGUUACCUGACCUGACAGAGCUCAGUGGCUUGCUUUAGAGAGUAGAGGAUCGCUUAAAAUAUUGCAUUUCCGCAUAGAUGGACUCAUGGGUAAUCCAAUCCCCUGACAGAAGCGGCUUCUUCUCCUUGUCAAUGACUUUAUACACCCAUUCUCACCCGUGCUUGCUGGUGAAGCUACCCUUAUGGAAUAAGUUGACAGGAAUGAUACGUGCACGCCUAACAGUAGUCGAUUCUAAUCAUUGUCUUGUACCCAACAUGCAUGAAGAAAGAGUUUAAUAGCAUUUAAAUAGUUGUACAAACACUUCGUGCCUGUGGCCUCUGGAAGCAGAUCUACGAGACGGAAAUGAAAUGAUUGAGAGAGAGAAGCCCUAGUAAUUCAAUGUGACCAGCCAGCACCUAUUGGUUGGGAUUACUCAAGGUAUACCAAAAAGGUUGAGUGUCUCCUCGCCAUUCAUUUUGGAAUGCCAUCUAGGCGAGCAAUAGUUCUCCGUUUCCUUCGUAAUAUUUGGCCGAACCCUGAAAGAAAUAUAUAGGGCCCAAAAUCAUAAGAUUCUCUGGAAUCUCCACUGUUGCCUGACCCGAGCAAGUAGUAAGCAACUGUAGCGAGCACUGACUAGUUUCAGAGAGUCACUGCUUUUCUUCCUUGGAUUGGAAUACGCGUUCCAACUUACUGAGCUACUGGACAAAGAGGAGUAUAUACCCGGUCCAGGAAAGCUAGGGAUAGUUGUUGAUGCAAGGGAAAAACAAAAUAGCACAUCUGUUUGCUUGGCUGUCCCAACAAAUUACCUGCUCUUGACUGAGCUGACUGUUCGUUUCACUAGUCCUGUAGCAACUGAGCCACCAGCCCAUUUCGCUCCAACUUUCCUUGGUGCAUAUCAAGCUGUCCCUAGGCAUUCCACUGUCUCGCCUGCCUUGGAACCUGCUUAACUAACUACUGCUGAGCCAACUAGUGCCUUCCUUAUCACCAGAAAAAGCUACUUGUUAUAGUCGUUCAUGUAGCACUGUGCUACCAUUCCUUUCUACCCAACUAAACUAGUCAUUUACUCAACACACCGGUUCAAUAUAAAAAUCCCGAUGAGUAAGUUAAUUCACUGGGUCCACUAAGUCUUUCAAUGAACUCGCAUAAAUAAACUAUUCGAAGAACUCAGUCCAGUCCAAUAAGUAGAUUAACUUGAAAGUAAAAGAACUCCAACCUGGAAGUACACGCAUCAAGUAAGUAGCAGCAGCUGAAUGACCUGGAACCCGCAUCAAAGCCAGCCAGGUACGAGAUUCACUCUCCCGAGCCUCCUCUUUAUUCAGAAAUGAAACCAAGCCAUCUGAUCUAACCUUAGGAAGGCGGUAUGGAUUGACUAUAACUAACCAAAGCCAGUGAGUGGGAUCUCAUUGGUAGCCUAGCCUGGGAUAAGCAAGGAGCGCGCAUCACAAUCCAUAUGAGGGUGGAGUCGUUGGUUCGAACCCAACUUGUAUAUUCUAUAUAUAUAGGAAAGAGGAAUCUCUAGAAAGAAAAAGAAGUCUCUUAGUAGAGAAGAUAGAGAUUUUCUCUAUUGAUGUGAGCCUAUAUAGUUGAAGAGAUUGAAGGCUACCCACAAAUCUCAUAUAUAGACGAGUGGAAUUCACAAAGUCACUUCGCUUCACUUUACUUCAAAGUCUAUUGAUCGAAGUAAUGCGGUUCACAUCCUCAUCUUCGGGUUGGUUGCAUAUUUUUUUCCUGUGUCCACCAGGAGUUCUCGCUACCCUUGGUGUGUGUCUUGGUGGCAAAGAAUGCAUUCAUAUAGUUGAUGUCUUUUUGGGGAGAGGUGAGAUCCCUGUUUUUUUGUAGGCUUGGUCUGAGUGAGUCUGAGUUUGAAGAGUAAGCACUCUCACUUUCAAAUAAGAAAUAAGCCAAGCACAGUUGGAAAUUCUCAAUCUCUUUCUGCACUUUCACACAACAUAAAAUUGUGAAAAACGCUGAAGAAACAAUGCACUCCACUUAUGCUGAUUCAAACAUGCUAACAAGAAAGCAAACCCGAAGCGAGGUGAAAUAGGAUAGGGAGUUGGAGCUUUCAUCAACCCGGAACGAUAGUGGAGGAGAGCCCGGAUCCAGAGUUUGAUGGAAGGAGGAAAGGGUGAAUUCAACCGGUCUUUUAAUGCCAUCGUUCCUAAAUGUUAAUCCUCAUGCUGUCUACGAUCUGCUCAGAGUUGAAUUCAAGAGAUAGGAAUAUAAGACAAAGUUUAGAUUGACCGAUCUUGUAGAUAGAUUGGAUAAGAAGAUCCAACAAGCUCGCCAUGAGCAAUUAGUUCUCAAACUAGCCACCGCCUACGAGGGGUAUGUGUUAUACUCCCCCUCCUGACUUGAGCUGUUAUAAGAAAGGGACAGGAUCUUGCUCCAUAAGUAUGAGGAGAGUCGGUACAGUAGGCUCAUACACCAAUGCUUUUUCCCUACAACCGGAUCCUAGAGGAAAACCUAAUGCACAAUAGGUAGCUCUUAACUUCGUCUGGUUAUGCCCAUAAGUCAUCAUGAAUGCGAUAAUGCCCAAGAGUUCACGUAAAAAACUAGGCUCUAAGGUUAGGAUAAGAGCACUCUAAUCUAGUCUAGGUAGAUGAGGGAGAUCCACCUAAGCCCACCGUCUAUAAAGAAGCACACGAUCUAAUCUAGUCUUAUUGUUAGUCUCUCUAUAAAGAUGAUCCAUCACCUAAAGGGCGGACUCUGGACAGAAACUGAGGAUUUGCUAUAGGAAAGACCCUACCCUAUAAGUUAAGACAAUAUGCUACAUUCUAUGAUAUCCUAUUCAAUCCCCCGGUUAGCAUGCGAUGCUCGUCGUGCUAAUAAAUCCUCUCUUCUUAAAGCCCAACCCAAGUAGGACAAAGAAAUGCAAGUAAAUACCCUCGAUUCAUUCCUUUUAUGCGAGUGGGAAAGCUAGCUAGAAAUCAAUGACAAGGAGUAGAGCCUAGAGCAAAAGGGCCAGGCGUCAGGUUAGUUAAAGCAAGAAAGUCAAUGCUGGUGCUCGCUUAUUCAAUCCUUUUUUCUCUCCUCCUUUGUGCUAAUCACUAGUGCUAAGAACUAGGUCAAAAGGAAAGUCAGCCCUUAAUACGGAGUUUUCUACUUGUUCUUACUUGUGUUAGUGAAGCCUGAUAGUUCAACUUGCCUGUCCAAAGUCAAUCUAUGAAAAGUCUUCCUUAUAGGCGCACCCAGCUGUAAGAGAGUAGAAGCAAUCGGAGUAAAUAAAUCCCAUAGUGAAAUGAGCGUUAGAUGUUGACUAGACAAAACUAGCUAAUACAUGUAGUAGGGUAACUUUGCCUUUUUUCUCGGUUAUGUGAAAAGGUAGAAAACUCGCUACACUUUAUAGGAAAUGAACUACUCUUAAUGCAAGCUAGUCAAGCUGGAUGAGUUGUUAGGAAUGGCUCAACCCAGGCAGCGCUAACCCUGUCUUUCCCAAAAAGUAUCGUCUUUCCCUAGGGAGGACAAAGAUUAACCAAUAGUAGUCCCGAGGAUUGUAUGAGCAAGGUCCGAACUGUUUCUAUUAGUAGCAACAUGAGGAGCCCCGAAGGGAGAAUAAGAAAGAUUAACCGACGCCGCGUUUUCAGAAGAAGCAAUUGGAUAAGAAUCAUACGCUGUGAAUGAGCAGACGAAUCGACCGAGGGCUUACACACAAGAACAGAACCUAACUCUACUUCUUUUUCCUCCUCUCCUCUUUACUGCCCCCGCUAUCAACAGGUCAGUAAAUAAAUAUAUGUAGUGGAGAAAGAAGAGUAGCCCCCCAGGUCAUCAAUUAGUAAUAGAAUAAUCCCAUCCCAGUAGUAGUCCUCUUGCCAACAAGAUUUGAUCUACUUAGACUAACGGAAACCAUGGCCUAGUUCCUCGAGUAGUUACUCGUUCUAAACUAAAUACGUUCGUAGCAGUAGCUGAAGAAGAAAGAGAUCACUAGAAUUCCCAAGGAAAUCUACAUUACUUGGCCGAGGAAGAACUAGAGUUGGCAAGGUUGACCUCAGCUCUGAGAAAUAAGAAAUCCGGCACCUAUUGAUUGAGCUCCAUCUAACAUAUCGAUAUCGAGACAUUUUCACGCUUUUGAUUUCUUUGCUGCUCUUUCCUCUAUUGCGGCGCAUGGAUAGGAUAGGCGGCUAGGAAUAAGUGAUUUUAAACCUGAGGCAGAAGACGAAGCUACCGACUCCAAUGUUGAUGCACAUUAACUAGGAGUUUUUGAGAUCAAGCAAUCAAUCCUCGCCUCGAACUGGUAUAAAGGAAGAAGCUGGUGGUGCAGGUUUGUAUCAAGUCAGAUGUAGAAUAUUUACUUUACAUAAAUGGGUUGCCCAAGGGAUACGAUUUCCGGAGUUCAGGAAUAAAAACUAGUUCGAUUCAAGGAAGAAGUUAGAAGCGGGUGGAAAAGAAUCCCGUGCCGGUUUACGUUCGCAUACAGUCGCAGGUGCGGAAGAAGUAGAAGCAAGGUCAAUUCCAGGCAGAACGUCAUUCGAUGCUAUUUCGAUUCAAGCAGAACUAGACCCGGCCACAAUAGUAGUUGAAGUAUUAGCACUCAGAAAAAUCAUAAGUAGAAUCGGGCAUGAAGAAAUGCUUUGGUUGAACCAGGCCUAUUAGCAUAUGCAUUAGCAGAUCUUCUCACUCUAGCGAUUUCAAGCGGACCCAUCUCCCUUGCAAAGCGUUAGCGCUAGCCAGGUCAAUAUCAAUAGUUCAUCUCUAUUGGUCUUACUUCACCCAGCUUCCAUAUCCAACUCAGACGUAGCUGCCUUCUGGCACUUUUUGAACUAUAUCCCAUGACUUGACCUUGCCCGAAGUCAACAAUCAAAGGUCAGAAUGAAACCGUAUCCACCCACACAAGAAACUUGCCCUGAAACUUAAACCGGCAGAACCGACUAUGGUUAGAGCUGGAUCUUGAUCUUCCUCGAGAAAAGCACUGAUCAAACCUGGAAUGCCUUACUAGCAGGAAUGAAAAGGUAUGUAUGAACCAACAAAGGUCAAGUUUAUAUAUAUUAGACAAGAUUUAACCUUCCUUCACCGUGGCUUACUUGGAUGGGAAAGUCGUAGAUACGCGUUCUAUUCUAGUCUAGAAUAGGAUCCAUGUAUAAACCAACAGUCCUAGAUGGACACGAAAAGUAAGGUGAUGAACGAACUUCAGAAUACAAUAAACAGAAUCAAAACAAGCAAGAGAACUCUUAAAAGAAAGAAAUCUACUGCUCUAUCAUUGACAGAUAUCUUUUAGUCUAUAGCCCGCCCUACCUAGGGGGAACUCACACUCGCUAGAAGGCAAAAGCACUUGAAACAGUAGUGAGGUAAGAAAUAAAACUACUCGCUUAUUCUCAAUAUGCCUGCUCUUCGAAUUCAAAACUCCUCAGCUAUACCCCUUUCUACAUAUGUAUAUAUGAAAAAGACAGCAGCUAUACAAAGCUUUAUCUCGCCACUUGAUAACUCGUUUGCUUCUGGCUUGGCUGUCUUACUGGAUUUCAUCUAUCCUUAGCUUACUGGCCUAAGAUGUAUAUGCUUGGAAUAUUCGUAAUCUCCCUCGUGGUUACGUUUUAUUAUCUUAGAAGGAGUUGCAACCUACAAGGCCUAUAACGCCGGCCGUAUCAGAUCUUUCCAUUGCCCUAUGGUCACUUGCUUAAAAACUGAAAAGAGACAGACUAAAAAAGAGACUGAACUUCACUUAGGCUUUCUCGCAAGCUUAUUAGAGCAUUGAAUUGACCUCUACUAAUCAAUGAGUAAGAUGGCUUGGAUUCUACUAAAUCCAAAUCCAAAUAAAAAGAAUGCUGGCUAGGGUGACGCUCGUGCUUCUUUCGAGUAAGGCAAACUGAGUAAGGGGUCGUGUUAUUAAGUAAAUUUCUUAGCUAUAAGCCUGGCCUUUCACUUUUAUUAGUACCCCUUUUUCCAACCUUUUCCAUUCCAUAUCUCACCAGUCUUCUUUCCCUGGGUUGUUCUUGAAACGCGUAUUAAGUACUUCCCUCCACAAGUCGAUCACACCAGAUCACAAAAGUAGGAAAGACCGGGUAUCAGAACUUAAAACUCAUAAACGUAAACUUUUCUCUUUAAUAGCUUCAGUACUCAUUCAUGCCUAUUGGCAAUAAUAUGUUUCAUCAUAAGAAUACCGUGAAACCUAGACAUAUUAAAAAAGUCCAUAACUGGGAUCUUCUCCACUCUCAUAGUUGCAACCAUGAAGCCCCACAAUUUAUUGAGUAGCGAAUGACUGAACAUCAGUCAUGUUUGAAUCAUGGAAUCGUAGAAUCAACGCAAUGAUGUGCUUCAUACUGGAAUCUCCUACUACAGCUGGACAGGUUGCGGGGUCUGCGGCUCCCAUUUCGGGGCACUAUUGCGGACCUCUAUUGGUCCCCUAACUUUUGCGGAGAAUCAAGAUCUAACACCUCAUUUCUUUUAUUUCUCUAUGAUAUUUUGGAAAGAGAUAGAUCCGGCACUGCACAAUCCUCUGGCCUUGGCCUCCCCGCAACCGGUCAUCUCUUCUUUUCAUGGAAUUGCUUGCCCAGCUGGAAAUGCAGUCAAUCAGGUCUCUCUGCGCCAGGAAAUGGUCCUCGAGUGCAAGGGCAGAAGGGAUCCAGAAGUAUGGUCGAGCAGAGACAUACCUUAUCUAAACUGGGUCUGGCUCCGGUUUCAUCCUGUUAUUAGUUCUCAGGAGUUGGGAGAAGAGAAGCAAUGACUAGAUUGGUGGUUCCUAUGUUUCCUUUCUGCCUUUCAGCCUCUCCCGGCGGGGCGAGCCGGCGCAUCCUUUCCGCUUUCUAUUCUAGAAAGGGGUUUCUAUCACGACUGAUCCGCAGUUCGAUGUCUUUAGCCUGACCCGAAACACCACUCCCGCGAGUAGAAAGAAAGAGAGAUGAUCUACUUGCAACUUGCUACUGCUGGUACCUUGCAAUCGUAUCCCGGCACCUUUAAAGCACUUUCCGGUGUCUUUCGCUCAGUUGCUAGCCCUGAGCUGCCUUGCCCAACUAAUACUAAUGCACUAGCAUCUACGGACGUUCUGCCUUGAUUUGACAUAGAUAAAUAGGAUGAAAUGGGCCCAAGGGAAAGCAUUCUUUUACUUCAUGGCCUGGCACUAUGCAGGAUUCGAUCUCUUUUCUCGUAGGAGGAUCUUCCGCUUCAUCUAUAGAUUCGUUUUCUCGUUGAACUCUUGCUUGAAAGCAAACAUGAUAUAGUGAUAUAGGCCCGGGGCCAAUGGGAAUCUCUUUUUCUCUUAGGCAAAGCAAAGCAAAUAGAAGUGAAGUAAAGCUUUCUCGAUUCGAUAUAGAAUAGAAUAGUGACGAGAAAGGGCAACUAGAUCACAGGAUGGGGCAUGAAAGCAUUGGAUUUGAGCUUUUAAAGAAGAAUUCAUUCGAUCAGUGCGGGUUCACUGCCUUGCUUGAAGCCAAUCUCUAUAAGGGAGAUGCAAAUACUUCAUUCUUCCAUAGUGCUGCCAAUGGAAGACACAGAAAAUGUCAUAUUGCUUGCUUCUUUGAAAUAAAUACUUAAGAAGCUUGUUUUUUAGUGAAGAUCAAAGGAAGUCACUAGAAGAUACUUUCUGGCACUUCUUUCAACUGGCUAAGAUAUUCCCAUAAGCGGCGCUUGCAUAUUAUGCUCUACUUUCCCCUUCCUUCAACCUUGCAUUUUGAUUUAGAAACAUUGGCUCAUUUAGAUUUAGUUAGAUCUGAGGCCGGCAUAGGCUGCAAGAGAUGUGCCGCAUAAGCUGAAGUAUCUAAAUAAGAUAGGCACCUGGAUCUGGAAACCUGACAAGCUCCAUGACUCCAGUCAUCCUAGCAUCAAGUACUGUAGAUACUGGUGUGAAAAACCUUCUAUGUCGUCAACAACUAUCAUAAUUAACCCAAGAACCAGUUUGCAGCCAGUACCAGUACCUGUAAUGGAGUGGAGUCAUACCCAAACUUUAGGAGCCACAACCCACCAUUUUCCCUUCCUUGCUUAUGGUUUGGGAAUGGUAUCUCCUUGAACAAGGUAGCUGUGUCACAUAUAUUCCGUUAAUGGGAUGGAUUUUCUGCUUUCGGAUGGUGUGAUUUCAACGUUGAGUACCUACUAAGAGUUAGUUCUCGAUGGGCAAUAAAUCAUAUUGAUGAAAAAUCACCAAGGAGCAUGAAACAAAACACAUAACUUACGUACCCAUUGUACUUAGAGCCAAUAAACUACCAAGAAUCUUCUGUCUCAACCACUUUCUUAUUGUCUUUACAUCGAUUUCUAAAUAUAGGAAGGGAAAGUAACGGAGAGCAAGCAAAAGAAAUAAAUCUAUCAACGACCGACUUCGGACUAGAAUCUAGAAACAUACCUAAGGGAAGAAAGCAUAUUUGAGGUUUACUCCUUCCAUGUCUAGUAGGAGUGCGUGCUUCUUAUCUUGACGCUAUACAUUCGGUUCAGUCAGUCCCUGAGACUUCCCAAGGUAAUCUUACCAAACAAGCAACGGAUUGAGCAACUAGCGCGAAAGCCGUUGCGCGUUAGCGCAUUCUCCACCACAUCUUGCUUGGCUUGCUGAAUCAGCAUAUGGAUAUGGAUUACUUCAUUGAAUUUCUUGGCCCGAGCUCUUGUGAUUGGUCUACUUGGCAGGUGGAAUGGAUCCUUAGCAGGUUCAUGUGUUCCUUGUUUACGUAGCUCUUCUGUUGGAUCACGUAGCCCCUCCGUUGGAUUACGUUGCUCUGCCCUUGGAUUACUUGAGUCAUUUCUUGGUUUACUUGGCUGCUCCGCAACAUGCUGGUUCCUUUUGUCAUAAUACCUAACGGCUGUGGGCAGAAUGAAUGAAAAAGCAGAUGAAAGACACUAUACAUACCAAUAGAAUGAUAAAUUUAGAAUAAAGCUAGGUGACGUCACGGCAUUUGAGAACCAAUUGCUUCUUUUGCUUUUCACCAACCUUCAUGUACAAUCUUAUUUCGUAUUGGAGUACAGCCUAUCGUAGGCCCAGCAAAGGCAAGACGGAAAGCAAGCAUUAAGUGAAGAAGCAAGGUCCAAACAAAGUAGUGAAAGAUUUACAUUGAAAAGCUUCUCCAUGUCUAUAUCUGUCCGAUGGACCAAGCAAGUUCAAAGGAAACGGCUUCUCUACUGCAUAAAAAAACCAAUCCAAUGAAAAGGUUAACGAUUCCUAUAAAUUGAGAAAGAAGCAUGUUCUUCAUGCCCAAAAGCGGAUAAAGUAGAUGGAACCUGUUCUCUAACCUUCUUUUUGUAGCAGAUACUGCAUAAAGUUUACCUGCCUUGUAAGGCUUUUGUAGGAUUAAUCAAAUUUUCUUUUUAUCGUUCUAUCUCAGAGUAUCCAUUCAUUCGAUCUUGCUAUCCGCUCUCAAUUGAAUCCCUUCUCUGUUGUCGACAGGUGUGUCCGCAUCAGGACCAGAAUCACGGUCUAGUACCUCCGUACUCGCUCCUACUUUAUUAAUUAGGAAGUGAAGUAGCCCCGUCUUAUUUUCUCGAAAUGCGUAGAUCAAUGCUAAUGAUGUGAUUACUGCCUGGAUUCUUGUCAAGGGAAAUAGAAAAACACGACUUUUGCCAUAUAGCGAGAUGGACUUUUGACUACGGCAAUCUACUGGACCGAGGGAAAACCUUCCUCCUUUGUCAACAGUGAGUAGAGGCAGGCUAUUGGUUGGUUCGAAUCAAGCUGUCUUUCUAUCUCUGGCUCUGGAAUUGACCUAGCAUCUACAGACGUUCUGCCUGGAACAUAGAAUAACGUUCUUCCCUUUCCGAUUCCGAUCUUCACUAGGCGUGAGAACUCUUAGGUAAGCUGCAGAGCAGCAGAAGUGAGAAUUGGAUUGCUUUGGAACUCUCCAAUAGCGUUUUCUUUGCUGGCUUCGUAAUGGAUUGAGGAGCCUAUUUGCCUAAGCGAAUCCCAUUCACUGAGAUAGCGCUGCGCUGGCUUUCAAAUGGAUCAAAUCUUCCCCCUUUCUCUCGAGGUCAAAUCAGCUAUCAUCCAAACGGGGUUUCUGACGAAGAUGCUUUCUUUCGUAUCGGUCGUAUCAGGAAGUGAGAACAGAACUCUUAUAUUAUACGAGUGAUUUCUAUUCUAGCUGGCACUUCUACUUCGGGUAACCUAUUACAAGGAAUGUUUUCCUGGCCCCACUAACUAUGAAAUUCUUCGAUUCUCAUCUCAUAAGAUCUGCCGGUUCGCGCCGCACUCUUGCUUGAAACUCUACUUUCGACUCUCUAGAUGACCCUGACACAGAAGCCGAUUCUUCUUUCGCUUUCAGAACUACUUUGGAGCAGCUACCACUGAUUCCGGUGAGGUUGGAGGUGCGAACUCAAUAAAAUAAUUGGAGUUGGCCAUCGGAAAGUUCUAUUUGGCAAGCAGAUAGGACAGUCAAGGUGCCGGGAUACGAUUGCAAGGUACCAACAGCAGCUUCUGUUCGUGGAUACGCCGGUGGAAGGUCAGCAGUGCCAGUCAAGGGGUUCUCGUCCUUUGGGCAAGCUUUGUUGAGAUGUUCGUGGAGCAGUCUUUCGUUUCAGGAAGCAGGUCAAGCAUCGGAUUAAAGUAGCGGGGGAGAUUUGAGAAAUCGAUUUGCAGAACAGGACGGAAUAGGCAUUCUAGAGAAUAGCCCCGCUUUUCUUAUGCAUAUGCAUGUGCCAGACUUUCUCUUUUAAGAAAAACCCUUUUUCUCUUUCUUUUCCUUCCUCCGAACAAGUCAUCUUCCUCAUCCGAAUGAGAAUUUACUGAUUGCCAAACCACCUAAUUAUCUCUAUGAAGGACGCAUGCUCACACAUAAUGGGAAUUGCAUAUCCUUGGGUUUUUUGGAGAAGAGUCGCAACUCGAAAGAGCCAAGAAGGGGAGAGAGAGGAUGCGCUAAAAUAAGGUAGACCGGACGGGAGAGAGAAGCGCCAUACUCGCAUUAGAGAAUCAAGUCAGGAGAGGGAAGUAGACGACAAUCAUGAAAUCGAUAUGCGGGAGAAUACACAAAAGAUAGGCAAUAUACUCCACCUAGUCGUUCUGUUUCGAAAGUAGGAGAAGCUAUCACUUUCACUCAAGUCACUCUAAGUCUAAGGAAGGGUUAUAGCCAUAUCUGUUUAAGGAUCUGUCUUAAAUGAGACCUAAUCCCAGCCCCCUUUUGAACAUACAUUGUUGGAUUCUUCUUCUAAUGAUUGGGAGAACCCACGCCACACUAAUGAAUGACCUCUUUAGAUUAGAAGAAAUAGAGGAACAUGCGUCUUCGAACGAUGCAGUCUCACUACGACCUGGAAAUUCUCUUAUUCCCCUAUCCAAAAAGGGAGUCAUGAUGCCAAUGAACCCCAACCCUGCCACACGCGAAACACACAGCGAUCUAAAUGCAAAGAAGAUAUGAUAUAUAUGGGCUUUUGGAUUUUCAAAGAAAGCAUGUUGUUGUUCUCCGAACUCUUCCCUCGAAGAACUUUCGAUAUUCGCGCGCCCUCAUCCACGUCUUAAAUAUUGGAAUAAACCAGCGCAUUGAUUUUCUAUUUAUCAUAACUUGGGCUUACCACUGGGAAUUCACCAUUUCUCCAUACAAUACAGCUUUGAACUUCACUGAAAUUACAAAUCGAUUCCUGGCUCGAGUAGAGUCUAUGACAUCAAAUGAAAAGAGAAUCCUAGGUUGUUUCAUAGGCAAGACAAUCAAAGCUCUUUUAUUCUAUGAAUUAUACCUCAUUGGGUCUGAAUCUGUUCUGUAGACUAGCCCCGUCAAUCCUUUGCUAAAUAGUCUUUCUUCAGUCGCCGAUGUCACCUUUGGUACCGGAAAUCCUAUAUGACCAUCGUUGCUGCGAAUGGUUCUCUUGGGGCGGCCCACCUAGAACUAACUCCCUUGAGUCCUUGACUACAUGAAAUGGGGGGUCUGACUGGCAGGAAAAGAAUCGAAUGGACGGAAGAGCACUGUAGCAGAGCAUAGAGAUCCGAAGCAAUGCAUUCAGCAAGAUAUCAUGGAUUGUCGCGAAAAGCUAGGAUGGAAACUGGUUAUUGGCUAUGGCCCAAGCUAUUGUCUUGCAGUGGAGGCGAAGCAAGCAUACUCAUCAUUGAGGUCCCACCUGUCUUUGUUCUGCCUUCCUAUAUGCUUUUCACAGUCUCGUGAGGGAAGCUUGGCAAGCUAGCAAAUGCUGGGUGGGGAGGAGAUAUCGGCGAUCAAGAAACAUAUAGCCGGUUAGGUGUGACUUAUGUGCAGAGUGCCUUAGUUCAAUAAACUACAGCAGAAAAGCUCAUUUCUUCCAGCAUCAUUUCUUCUGUAAUUAGAUUAGAAUGGAAGCACAAAAUUCACUGUGCUAGCAUGGUACUGUCACAAAUCAGUGCUGUGAAUUUCUUUGUACUACGGAGUGGAGUGCUUUAAUCCACUCGAUUCCCUUGGGGAAGCAGAGGAGUAUUCAGUGCAACUGUACCCGCAACCGAGCUAUCUGAAAUUGCUAACUCACCUCUGUCUCUUGAUACGACUAUUAUUGAGGGGAGGGAGAGUCCAUUCAUUUGCCCAUCCUGGAUAACGGGUAGAGAUCCUAGCGGUGAAUAAUAAGAAGCCUUUGGAUUUCAUCUAAGCUGUUGACUCCCAGUAUGGGAUGGGAAGACUGUGCCUAUCUAUGGCCUCUCUUUGUUAACGCCUUAACCUCGUUGCAGGUAUUCCGUAAAAUGAAGUCAUCUAUUAUUAGGUAGCAAUUCAGGAGCCUUUCCUGUACUUGAAGGCGGAUUAGCAAGGGAAUGAAUCUGAUGAAGCUGUUCCUCCGCUAGAAUAAGGGGGGCAUGAUCGCUGAUGCAGAAAAUCUCUCCCGGGGUGAGACCCAAUAACGAAAAUCCAUGAAGCAGUGAAAAUAUAGCCUGGUUAGAGUGCCCUCCCUCUCCUUUAAUUUGUCAUAGUUUGUUUGAUUUAUCAAUGCGAAGAGUGAAUCAAAAAAUUGAACUAGUGCGCUAAGUACGUUGCUACAGACCGGAAUGGAGAAUGGCAAUAGCAUUUGGAAGGGAGUGUUUCUAUUUCAAUAAUUAGACAACAGCCGUCAGUCAAAAUACUGAUAUCCCCCUCGUUCACUUAAGUGGUAAGAAAUGCUUUAGGUGAACAUGCAUGCAGCAAUAAUUAUGUCUUAUUCAAUUGUUAUUGAUUCCUACUCCGUACUUGACUAUGAGAUAGAGGAAGGAUCUUAUAAUUGCUUAUAUAAGCGAAUUCAAAAUUCUAAGACAUAGGUUUCAUUAUGCGGGGCGUAGCGAAAGCAUUCAACCUUCUAGGACUAAGCCUAAGGCCUAUGGUCCCUCAAAAAAGAGAGAUCAAUCGUUCCUUACUUUACUGCAAGAAAGAACACAUUGAAAGCUACAAGCCCUUACACCAGGGAUGAAGUAGCUGCUUCGAUAGGACCAGGGACACUACCAGACUGAGUUGAGUCUGACACUAGGGAACUUGGAUUCAUAGUACGUGCUCUACGCGAUACACAGACAGAUAGAAUAGCCGGAGUACGGUAGGAAUGGACUGCUGCCAAGCGAGUGGAUUUAUGAACGAGCCAUUCAUUUCAUUUAAGUAGAACCGCCCCUUCUACGCCGCCUACUUACUUAAUAAUCAAUUGCUCGAGCACUUAUUUAUCUUUAUUUCAAGUAAUUUACUGUCUGCUUCGACUGCCCUCAAUUCAUUGAUUCGUAUUGCUUUCACUACUCCUACUGAUGACUUCGUGACUUUCCUCCUUCUAGGUGCUUCAAAUCUACGUUAUCAAUACGGAAGAGGGCCACCUUACAUGAAGCCCGCCCACCUUACGGGAAUGGUAGUAGGGUUGUCGAACCGUCGUAGUGAGCGGGGUGUGUUGACAGCUUUCACACGGGCAGGACUACGUGUUAAAGUCGAUGGCGAAGAAGAAGACAGGGCUUAUCGGGAAGAGGGGGUAGUAUGAGUAGGAGGUUUGAUUGAUUUCAUUCCUGAGUCUUCUUUCUUGCAUUCCAUCGUUACUUGCGGUGCAAUCUGGAAGUCUCAAAGCGAGAACUGAUUUCACUUCUUCCACUGAAUCCCAGGCUUGAGGGCUUCACCCAUUUUAUAACCCCGCGGUAAAUUAUUACUUUAUCAGUUUCUGUGCUCAUGAGAACUAACAACAGAUCGUCACCAGCGUCUGCAAGUACACAAAGGAACUGCUGAGUUAUGUAAAAGCCGGUUUCAUCCCUUGGUCAUUAUGGGGCAGUGUCAUAGUCUACACUGAGAACAGUGAAUUUCAUCUCAGGAACGAGAUCUAUAGUGGCAAGGCGGUAACCGCACAGCAUAAAGAACUCCCUAAGAGCAUGGAGUGAAUAUCCUACUCAUCAUCCUUGAAUUAGUAGCCAGCCCAAGCAUUGCCGUGUACUUUGCAAUAUCCGAAUGUGGGUCCGUUCAGUUGGAACACGACUUCAAAGCCUUCUGACGAAGGUGGAGAUAAGAUUACCCGAAUGAUAUAACGCGGAUAAAUAAAAGGAAUGAAGUUGGGAUCAGAAAUUAGUUGCAUUGGUGGUGUGGGUAACCAAAGCUGGGUGCGCGUAAAGAUAUUGGUAAGGACAAUCUCAUGCGUGGCAUCUGAUGCAGUGAUAAGGAACUCAUUUGAGGUGAGGAGAUUUCCGAGUUGAUCCAACUGUCCUAUCUUUCAAUUCGCUUAUUGAAUUUGUGGGCAAGGACGCAUAUCUUCAGCUGAGGAAAUCUUCAGUGGGCUAAGAGAUCCAGGGUUAAUCCCUGAUGUGGUCACAUAUAGAAUAUGAAAAUAUCAGGAUGCUGCGGCGAUUCCGCUAGAGCUUUUGAGCUGCAUGAAGAAAUGUCAAGUUGCUCCUCAGAAAAUUAGUAGAAUAGUUUCAUUGGCCUUCGUCAAUGGGACAAACGCUCCAGUGUAUGCGUUACAGUUACUGGGAAGCUAGCAUUUUUGCUUGUCAUGGAAUCAAGUCUAUUUGUUCGAAUGUUCUUUUUUUGGAAAAACCAACCACAAAAAAAGUCUCCCUUUCUCUUGGAGCAGAGCUUCAUCAUAAAAGUGGAGAGUCACAAUGAGAUUUAGUGGAAUGGAUAUGAAGGGUAUAAAUAUGCUAUUUGCUGCUAUUCCAUCUAUUUGUGCAUCAAGUCCGAAGAAGAUCUCAAUCUAUAAUGAAGAAAUGAUAGUAGCUCGUUGUUUUAUAGGCUUUCUCAUAUUAAGUCGGAAGAGUUUAGGUAAGACUUUCAAAGAAACUCUCGACGGGAGAAUCGAGUCUAUUCAGGAAUCAUUGCAGCAAUUCUUCAAUCCUAACGAAGUCAUUCUGGAGGAAUCCAAUGAACAACAACGAUUACUUAAUCUACGGAUCAGCUUGCGAAUUUGCAGCACCGUAAAAGUAGUAGAAUCAUUACCAGCGGCACGCUGUGCGCCUAAGUGCGAAAAGACAGUGCAAGCUUUGUUAUGCCGAAACCUAAAUGUCAAGUCAGCAACACUUCUAAAUGCCACUUCUUCCCGUCGCAUCCGUCUUCAGGACGAUAUAGUCACAGGUUUUCACUUUUCAGUGAGUGAAAGAUUAGUAUCCGGGUCUACAACUUUGGUAGAAGCUUCUACCGUAGAACAAAUUCGAGAGGCCUUCUUAUUAGAACCCAGAGACCUAAUUCGAGAAGGCUUUAUAGUCCUCAGAAAGGUGAGGGUGGGGGGUAUCCCCGGGACCUGUGGAGACGGGGUGGGCCUGUAGCUCUGAGGAUUAGAGCACGUGGCUACGAACCACGGUGUCGGGGGUUCGAAUCCACUUCUGAGCGGGCUGGCGGCUCCACCGGGAGCGAGCCUACUGAAGGAAAGUUUUAUUGUUGAACUUCUUAUCCAAUAUUUAUCUUUUGUUUGGAAAAACCAAACCCACAAUCUUUAAGUCUCCCUUUCUCUUUUGGGAGCAGAGCUUCAAAAUCAAUCAAUCUUUUCCAUGAUCGAGUUUCUUCAUUAUGUGUACCAGACAGCGACGGAUAAUGCUAAGUUUUUUUCUAUAUUACUGAGUAUAAGUGUCGUUGCCUCUAUCUACCUACUACAAAUACUCCGCAAUUAUGUGCGGAUUCUAAAAUUAGUGGAGGAAAAUAAUAGAAAAGAGGGUAAACUGUUGGGGCUCUGCGUGGUACAUGAGUUUACCUACUCAUGGAGAAGAGGAGUCACCCUAAGACCCAUUCAUUUUGGCUCGAAAGAGCAAAAGUGCGGAGUAAAAGAAAAAGAAUCGGAAGGAGAAGUGUGAUAAGCUUUGAAUGGGAUGGAUAGUCAAGAAAAAAGGCACCUAAUCUUUACCGUCUCCACUGAGAUUUCAGACCAGAAAGGAGUAGACUCUAGUUUCAAUUGCGUAUAGAAAGAGAUUCGUCUUGUAAGAGCGAGCAGGUUGAAGCGCUUAGGCUACUUCAGCUAUAUGCUUAACACAUGCAAAUCUAACGAAGUGCUCCUGGACGA